AUGAAGGCGAUGAGGCUGCUGACGGUGGAGACCAUGAUGAUGUUUCGCUCCAUCGCCACCGUCGCCGUCGCUCUCGGCGACAGCCUCAUCCUCGGCUCCCAGCUCAGCCGCCGCCAGAUGGUCGCGUGCGCCGUCAUCUCCCUGGGCGGCAGCAUCUACGCCUCCUCCGACCUUCGUUUCAACGCGCGGGGAUACGCGUGGGGUCUGGCGUACGCGCUGUCGAUGGUGGUGAACACGAUCUACGUCAAGUUCUCCUUCGAGAAGAACAAGGGGAUGAACUCUUGGGAGAAGACCUACCUCAACAACCUCCUCGCCUCCCCCGUCAUCCUCCUCCUCUCUUUCCUCACUGAGGACAUGUCGUCUCUUCACCGCAAGGUCGUGGAGAUCGAGCUCCUCCCGCUCGUCUGGGUUCUUCUUUCCUGCGUGAUCGGCCUAGGCAUCAGCUUCAGUGGGACGAUGUGCCGUGACGUCCUCUCCGCCACCUCCUUCGACGUCCUCGGCAACUGCAACAAGUACCUCACCCUCGCCUUCAACUCCAUCGUCCUCGGUGGCGCACUCUACUCCCCAGCUGGGGGCCUCCUGGUCUCUCGGCUGACAGCCAAGAAGAAAGACUGA